UUGUUUUUCAGACACCCAUAUAGUGGGCCUUUUUUCAAUCUUUUUGGUGCCAGCCAUCACAUUCCUCAUAGUUUUACCCGGAGUUCGGAAACAUCGUUUAUCGUCCACGUUUUCAUUCCUAUUCAAUAUGUACGUCGGAGCAACGUUGCUAGGUAAUACAAAUGUAAACGCGCUACCCACAUACGUAUCGCAGCACAUGCGUAAUUCGUUGGGGUCAUGUGGAUUCGUAACAUUUUAUAACGUAUUUCGUACACACGUCUCGAAAAGUUCUCGUAACAAGACAUUGGUUAUGAAUUCACCAUCUAUUCUUACAGCUCUAUCCUAUGCGAUAUGCUCGGUUGGUUCACUUCGUUCCGUGAGCAUGGAGCGCCCACCUUCUACGGAGAAAAUCGAACACCAACACCCAUAUAGUGGGCCUUUUUUCAAUCUUUUUGGUGCCAGCCAUCACAUUCCUCAUAAUUUUACCCGGAGUUCGGAAACAUCGUCUUUCGUCCACGUUUUCAUUCCUAUUCAAUAUGUACGUCGGAGCAACGUUGCUAGGUAAUG